AUGAUGAUCAUAGCACCAACCCCUCGCCUCGUGCGCCACGCUGUGGCCCGGCUCCGGGCCCCGGUCUCGGCUUCCGUCUCCGUCUCGGCUCCGGCCCUGACAAUAUCCGGAAGGGCGUUUUUCUCGUCAGCCUCGUCGUUUUCGGACAUCCCAACGGUAACCCUUGCGUAUGACUUGCAUGAGCCGGCCAAACCGGUUGCAGAUGCGAAGACGUCGCCGAUUAUUUUUAUGCAUGGGUUGUUUGGGUCCAAGAAGAAUAAUCGGACUAUGAGUAAAGUCCUAGCACGAGACUUGGGGAGACAUAUCUAUGCUUUGGACCUACGGAACCAUGGCGACUCGCCCCAUGAUCAGCGGCACGACUACCUUGCCAUGGCCGCCGAUGUGGCCGAGUUCAUCCGGCAGCACGGCCUAAAAGAGCCCACUCUCAUCGGUCACUCGAUGGGCGCCAAAACAGCCCUCGCCCUCGCCCUCCAAGACCCCUCCCUCAUCACCAACCUCGUCGCCGUCGACAACGCGCCCAUCGACGCGCCCCUAACCUCCGAUUUCCCCCGCUACAUCCAAGGCAUGAAAGCCAUCGACGCAGCCAACGUCACCCGCCAGGCCGAAGCCGACAAGAUCCUGGCGCCCUACGAAUCUUCCUUCACCAUCCGCCAGUUUCUCCUCGGCAGCCUGUACAGGCCGGACCCCAAGAACGACCAGACGCUCAAGUACCGGCUGCCGCUGGGCGUGCUGGGGGGUGCGCUGGGGUACUUGGGGGAUUUCCCGUUCCGGAAUCCGAGCGAGAGGAGGUUUGUGAAGCCGGCGUUGUUUGUGCGUGGGACGAAGAGUUUGUAUGUGCCGGAUGAGGUGAUACCGGCUAUUGGAGAGUUUUUUCCGAGGUUUGAGAUGGUGGAUGUGGAUUCGGGGCAUUGGGUGAUUUCGGAGAAGCCAGAGGCUUUUCGGGAGGCGGUGGUGAACUUUUUAGAACCAAAGGAGUGA